UCUGCGUCUCUCAAACAGUUUUCCAAGAGGGUCAGUCCCUGCUUGUCAGACUCCCUCCACACACACACACACACACACACACACACACCCCAGCACAGACGGCUGCAGCACCGACCAACGACCAUGGCUGUACGGGACACCGCUUCUCUGCUCGUCGGACUUCUGGUCCUCUUUCACACCUGGAGAGCAUGGGCCAUCGUGGAGGUGAACAUGGAGGACAGAGUGGAGGUGCUCAGGGGAGACACAGCUCAGAUCACCUGCAUGUUCACAUCGGAUGACGGCAUCGGCGGCAUGACCAUAAUGUGGGCUUAUACGACACAUUUGGGUGAGAGGCAGAAUAUCUACUUCCAGGACAGCACCAUGAAGUUAGUAGACCAAGGCACGCCGUUCACAGAUCGGAUAAGUGUGAACGGUACUGGAGCCAAUGGAGAGGUGGUGUUGACUAUCAACGAUGUGCGGCUGCAGGACGAACUGGAUUUCUUCUGUUCCAUCAAAACUCUAACAGAUGGGAGUGGGGAGGGACGCACAAAGCUGAAGGUUUUCAAAGCACCAGACUUACCUACCAUUGAUGCUGUUCAAGAAGUGUACUCAAUCAAUGAACAGAGCCUAUCCAAGAUUGGGGUCUGUGAGGUCAAAAAUGGCUUUCCCAAGCCGAACAUCACAUGGUAUAGAGACAACACACCUCUCCGCAGCGUUCAGAAUGUGGUGAACGUGGAACCCAGCACCACUAUUGAGUCUAGUGGUCUGUACUCAGUUAAGAGUGAGCUGAGUCUGAAGGUGAGGAAGGAGGACAAGGAUGCUGAGUUCUACUGCGAGGUCAACUACUUUGUUCCUGGAGAAACCAGGAUGACUGAGACCAGCCGUAUUAACAUCACUGUAUACUACCCUUCCACAGCUGUAAAUGUGUGGGUAGAGUCACCAAAGGGCCUAAUCAAGGAAGGGGACACAAUCGAGCUUCACUGCCGUGGCAACGGGAAUACUCCAUCCUCAGAGCCUACAAUCACGCACGGAGGCGUGGAGACGACUUUAGAGGCCAAUGUUUUAGUGCUGCCUAACGUGACCCGUCUAAACAGUGGAGAUUACCGUUGUAGCUCUAUGGACUUGGAAACCUUUGAGGAGAUCUCAGGAACCACCAAAGUGUUUGUCAACUAUCUCGAUCCUGCUGUGGUGACUCCUAAAGACACUGUUGUGCACCAAGGAAAGGAGCUAGAGGCCACCUGCAAUGCCCUCUCUUCUCUCCAGACACACGUAGCCUGGUUUAAGGAUGGAAAGGAGGUAUCACGCGGUCACAUUUUGGCUCUGGAGGAUGCUACGUUCAACACCACAGGGAUGUAUGUGUGUGUGGUGACUGUUCCUGAUAUUGAGGGAAUGGAGACAAGCGGCACACUUCAUGUAGCAGUUAGUGGCCCACCAAACAUCAAAAAUCCAGACAACACUGAGAUAGAAGAGACUUAUGGGCGGUCAGUCAACCUGAGCUGCCUUGUCAGAGGUUUUCCUGUACCCAGCAUUACCUGGACCACAUCUGAUGGAAAGGUCCUCCAGACAACAUCCCAGAAGAGAACUGAGGAGGGCGUUGAGAGUGUGGCCAGGAUCAAGGUCACCUCUGACAUCACUGCUCUCUGCAAUGCCUCCAAUGAGUACGGCAGUGACUCGGUGACCUUCAACAUCAAAGCCACUAUAUACACCACAACACAAGCCACCACCACCACUACCACCACCACUACCACCACUAGUACUACCAUUUCCUCUUCCACAGCAGGAACAGCUAACCCACCAAAGAAAAUCAAGAAAGAGAGCAAUGGUGUUAUCAUUGCAGUCCUCAUUAUCUGCGUCCUGCUGCUGGCCGUCUUGGGGAGUGUGCUCUACUUCCUCUACAAGAAGGGCAAGAUCUGUGGCCGAUCUGGCAAGCAAGACCUCACUAAAGAGAAGUCCAACAAAGAUAACAUUGUGGUGGAGAUGAAGAGUGACAACACAGAGGAAGCGAUUCUUCUCGGAGUCAACGGAGAAAAACAACCUCCCAGCGACCAGUGAAGAGUGGUGAGUACCUGGACGUGCAGAAGUGAGGAGGUGACUCCAGACACACCAACAGCUGCUCCCAUUCUUCCCUCUUAGGCUCAGACCUGCGAUGCCUUCAAGCUUCCACCAGAGCUCCUGAUCCCACAGUUACAUCAUGGAAGAACUCAGCUGUCUGUCAAUUAAUGUCCUGAUGGACGACUCAGAUUCAAAUUAUUCCAAGCUGCAGCUUUUGCUUACUGUCCCACCACAUACACCACUUUACAUCCCAACACAUUUCUCUUGGAAUGCAGCUCGAGCUUUAAUGAGAAGUAAUUUCAGCACUCUGUGACUUAAGUCUGCUAAUAAAUCUUCCACCUUCAAACCAAGGACUGACCUUAUACUGUAGCUCUCCUUCCUGUGAGCCUUGUAAACUGCUGAUCGUCUGUAGAAUAAUAACUAGAGCACAAAGUUGACCAGGGACUGUUUUUAUACCUAACUAAGCAUCACCUCAGGCAAAGCGAUCACAGAAGAGCUGCCUGAAAUAGCUCUUUCUCAAGUGUAUUAUUGUAUUAUAAUCUGUGUAUAUAUAUUUCUUUAUUUAAAAUAACACCAUAGAAAAAAAAACACCCACCAAAACUAAAUGACCAGAUGAUGUCUGGUGCUCUCCAUAGAGAGCAGGGAGAGCUUAGGUAGUUUUAGCCAUCUUAUUUGUAUUUUUUUAUUUUUUUUGUCUGUUUCUCUGUUUUGCUUAAGUCUGUACACUGAAAUUUUGGGGACGCAACGAUGCUUCCUCCUACAGCCAGUUCCAGCUUUGCCCAAAAUCUUGCCUUCUAGCUCUGAAAACCUUUAGGUCAUUUAAUCACAGAUCACGCACACUUGUUUUUUUUUUUCCUUUACAGCUAUCACCUCUGUCUUUACACUUUGUGUACAUUAAAGAAAAUAUUUUUGCGAGACAGGUGAAUAAUCUGAUUAGGAUUUUACUUAGAAGGGUUAAAAUUAUUUGUAGUUCUCAUUACUUGUUUCUUUACUCCACAGUCGUUUUCAUAUGCGUGUUUGAGUUCAAGCUUUGCCAACAGUCAAGUUAAAAAAAUUGCAGAUGCCUUAGAAAUUACAUUCAUGUAAGAACUCCACAUUUUGUAUCUAGUUAUGUUUCUAUUUAAUGUUCAGUGCACUGAUUUCUUUGUUGUUAUUCUUCAUGCAGUUAUGUUAUUGUGUUUCUCUAAUGUGAAACCAUCAUUUUGUUUAAUGCGACUUUAUGUGAAUGAAAUCUAGCGUUUUUUUAAAAACUUUUUUUAAGAGUAAGGAUGAGGGUAGAACAGAUUAUUGGUCCAUGGUAAAAAAAAAAAAAAAAAAAAAAGUUCACCGCAUGAAGUCGACCUACGGAGCCCCUCUGGUGACAUUGGAUAAAAAAAAAAAAUAAUGCGUGGCCACGAGAUAAUAAUGCGAGGCCAUGCAUUAUUUUUUUUUUUUCCAAUGUCACCAGAGGGGCUCCGUAUCGACCU